GAGGUAAUUAUUACAUAAAAAAGGAAAAAAAAUAUAUUAGGACAUUGGAUGCUUAUUUACCAAACGAAGAAGAAGAAGAAGAAGAAGGACCUGUAAAUCUUUUUGAUGUUAAUAUUAUAAUAAAUCAAAGAAAGCGUGUACAAAAUGGGAAGAGGAAACAAACAACAUUAACAAGAAGAAAAAGAAGAAGAAACUGACCGUCAUCAUCGUCGAACACGAGGAGCAAUAACAGUCUUCACUUUUUUCUUUUUUAAUUAAUUAACAUUUAGUGAAAUCUUUCUCUCUCCGUCGUUAUGCCUGUUCAACGAUAACAGAAAUAUCAAACCUUUCUUUGUUAUGGCCGCCUGAACUUUUAUUUCUCUCUCUCUCUCUCUUUUUAUCCUUCAAUUAAUCGCUGUGUCGAGUAGAAGAGCUUUUCUAGGAUGGCUAAAAAUGAAGACCCUGGUAGCCCUGGUUGGAGAGCUUCACUUUUUUUGCAGACCACAGAAGAUGUUGCAAGAGCUGUUGCUGCUGCUGCUGCUGCAGCCACUGCUCCCCGUUCACCAAGGCCCUCUGUAGUUUUUUCAUCGAAAGAUGAUCACGGUGAUAGCCAAUUUCAGAAGCUACAGCGUCAUGUCACAAGAGUACUUAAAGGCUUCUCAUCUCCUCCUCCUGAAGUGAAAGCUGGAACCUACAAUCCAGAAGUUCUAACUAGUCAAAAGCGUCAAUGGGCAAACUUUCAGCUGCAAUACUUGGAUCAUAGGUCUUUAAAGGAGCCCUCAAGGCUUUUUGAGAGCAUGGUAGUUGUGGGCCUUCAUCCUAAUUGUGAUCUUCAGGCACUCCAGAGGCAAUAUGUUGCCCGAAAAUCUGAAGGUUCUGCAAGAUUGCAAGGCUCACCUGGUUGUCAGAAUCAGUCUCGUGUAGAACCUGUUCUCGAACCUCAGGUCUUAUUUGUUUACCCCCCGGACAAACAGCUGCCACUUAAAUACAAGGAUCUCCUAUCAUUUUGCUUCCCUGGAGGCAUGGAGGUUCAUGCUGUUGAGAAAACACCUUCCAUGAGUGAAUUGAAUGAAAUUCUCCUUGGGCAGGAGCACCUUAAACAAAGUGACCUGUCAUUUGUAUUCCGGUUACAGGUUGCUGAUGAUUCUACGUUGUAUGGUUGCUGCGUGCUAGUUGAUGAAAUUGUGCAAAAACCCUCUGGAUUGCUGUCCAUGAUUUCGGAUAAGCGGUCUUCCUGCUCAUCUUUGAGCCGUUACGUACUAACAACACGCAGAUGUUACUGUAUUCUUUCAAGGCUGCCAUUCUUCGAAUUGCAUUUUGGUGUAUUAAACAGCAUCUUUACAGAAGAAAGAUUGGAACGAUUAACAAGACACAUUGGUGCUUUUGACUUGGAAUCUUCAGAAGGUUAUGACAAAGAUGAAAAUUUAGGGUACAAUUUAGACAGUGUAUCACCAAAUUAUAUAGCUGCAGAGGAUAGGCUGGAUGGGGCUGCGGAAACUUUCCAGUCAAGCUUAAGAGAUUCUACACCUGGAGAAGAUAACAAGAACCACAUGGAGCAUUGUAUUACUGAGGAGCAUAUUCACUUGUUGCAGAAAGGUGUUAAUGAUAAUAUUGUUGUUCCAGUUGAAUCUGAAACAGAGAUAGUUUCCAACAAAGGGGAAUCUGGUGGUGGAAACCUUGAAGACUCUGACAUUUGUGUUGAUGAUUUAUCCAAGAAGCAAGCAGAAGAGAGACGUUUACCAAAUGCUGUUCUGCCUCUCAUUCGUUAUUACCAGUAUGAAAGCUCGGAAUCUUCUUCCAGUUUCCAGGGUUCUCCUAGUGAAGACCGAAACUUUAGGAGUGAUAUUGAUGAUACAGAGACAGAAGAGGCAUCUACUUCUGGCCAGGAAGAUACUAAUGAUCACAUGGAUAUUCUUGAAUGGGCUAAGGUAAACAACUAUGGAUCAUUGCAAAUAAUUUGCAAAUACUACCAGUUACAUUGCCCUUCUAGGGGUUCAACACUUAGACUUCAUCCGUUGGAGCAUCUUCAUCCCCUUGAAUAUCAUAGAACAGAUGAAACAGUUCUACAUAUUGCUGGCUCAGUUAUUGAUUUACGGACAUGCAGUACGAGUCUGGAAUUUGCAGAGGCACACAGUGCACUCUCUGCAGAGGAGGAAGCCACUGCAUUAUCAACAUGGGCUGUUGCAUGCAUAUGUGGAUCCUUACGUCUAGAGAAUGUGUUAACAUUGUUUGCUGGAGCACUACUGGAGAAGCAGAUUGUGUUUGUUUGUUCUAAUUUGGGAAUCUUAUCUGCAUCAGUUUUGUCUAUUGUCCCUCUAAUCCGUCCUUAUCAAUGGCAAAGCCUAUUAAUGCCGAUUUUACCAGAUGAUAUGCUGGACUUUUUGGACGCACCAGUUCCUUAUGUGGUUGGUGUAAAGAACAAAACCAGUGAAGUACAGUCAAAAUUAACCAAUGUCAUUCUGGUUGAUGUUAACAAGAACCAGGUAAAAUCACAUACAAUACCACAACUACCAAAACACAGGGAGUUAUUUUCAUCCUUGAGUCCCUAUCAUGCAAAGCUUGUGGGAGAAAGUUAUUUAGCAAGGAAAAGGCCAGUCCACGAAUGUACAGAUGUACAAAUUGAAGCUGCCAAGGGUUUCCUGUCAGUGCUAAGAUCCUAUUUGGAUUCACUUUGCUCUAACUUGCGCUCACACACAAUUACAAAUGUACAAUCCAAUAAUGAUAAGGUAUCGUUGCUCUUAAAGGAGAGCUUCAUAGAUUCCUUCCCUAGUCGUGAUCGGCCAUUCAUGAAGCUCUUUGUAGACACACAGCUCUUCUCUGUACAUACAGAUCUUGUUCUUUCUUUUUUCCAGAAGGAAUGAUGCUGCUUUGAAACGUUGGCCUGUAAUUAUAUAAAUAUAUUGUUACGUGGACACAAGUUCAACAUACACAUAAUGUUUAAUCAAUGGGCAUUCGAUUAGAGUCCCACUAUUGCAAGGGGGCAGCAGCGCAUACCCAGGGUUCAAAAGCAGGCAAGGAGGGAUGGGCAUAUAAUCUGCCUGCGAGAGACCAGUGGGGGUACAGUGCUAUAUAAGAAAAGAAAGGGUCUUGUAUAAUUCUAAUAUUAUGAUACUUAUGUUAGUCCUAUAUUAGCUUAAUGGUGAAGAGUUCUUUAUAUACACAAUUAUACACAUUUCCUUUCUCAGCUGUACAUGUGAGAGAUUGAAACUAUUAAUAGGUUUUGGCAAAUGCAUGAUGGCAUCAUAGAAAUCCAGUUUUGGUUGGAUAAUACAUUUGAAAGUUGAAAAAAGAGUUGCAUUUCUCUUUUAAGUAA